AUGGUGAAUUCCAACAGUUCUGUAGACUUUAUGCUUCCUGCGAAGAGACCUACUGCAGGAGCGGCGUUAGAAGUAGAUUCAGAGUCCUUUUCCUUGUCUAAGAAGCACCGGAGUUUCGUAUCCACUGCCGCGUCAGCCACCGGAGGAACGGCCGGGGUAUCGGUUGUCAACAUGGGAGGAGGAAAUGCCGAUGGGAGUAACGGCGUCAGUAACGGCGUCGGUGGACGGAAUGGUAAGGCGCCGAUCGGAGACAUCGACGAGGAUCUGCACAGCCGUCAGCUCGCUGUGUACGGCCGCGAGACUAUGCGUCGAUUGUUUGCUUCCAAUAUCCUCGUAUCUGGCUUGCAAGGCCUUGGUGCUGAAGUCGCAAAGAACCUAAUUCUUGCUGGGGUUAAAUCUGUGACCUUACAUGACGAGGGUAACGUGGAACUGUGGGAUUUAUCCGGCAGUUUUAUCUUCUCUGAAGAAGAUUUGGGAAAGAACAGGGCUCUUGCUUCUGUCCAGAAAUUGCAGGAACUUAACAAUGCCGUAGUCAUUUCUACUUUAACAGAUGAGUUAACUAAGGAGAAGCUUUCUAAUUUCCAGGCUGUUGUAUUCACUGAUAUCAACUUAGACAAGGCGAUAGAAUAUGAUGAUUAUUGCCACAGGCAUCAGCCUCCAAUUGCGUUUAUCAAAUCUGAAGUUCGUGGCCUUUUCGGUAGUGUGUUUUGCAACUUUGGUCCUGAGUUCACAGUUUUUGAUGUCGAUGGUGAGGAUCCGCGAACAGGAAUUAUUGCAUCUAUUAGUAAUGACAAUCCUGCUCUUGUGGCGUGUGUUGAUGACGAGAGGCUUGAGUUUCAGGAUGGAGAUCUAGUUGUGUUUUCCGAAGUGCGAGGAAUGACUGAAUUGAAUGAUGGAAAACCCAGAAAAAUUAAAAAUGCCAGGCCUUACUCAUUCACCAUUGAGGAGGACACCACAAAUUAUACUGCGUAUGAGAGAGGUGGUAUAGUCACACAAGUAAAGGAACCUAAAGUCCUCAACUUCGAGACUCUAAAACAAGCACUGAAGGAUCCUGGGGAUUUUCUCCUGAGUGACUUCUCCAAAUUUGACCGUCCAUCUCUCCUGCAUUUGGCAUUUCAAGCACUGGAUAAGUUUAUAGCUGAUUUAGGACGUUACCCUGUUGCUGGAUCUGAGGAAGAUGCUCAAAAACUAAUAUCUCUUGUUAUCGAUAUUAACAAUAGCUUGCUUGAUGGGAGACUUGAGGAGAUUGACCAGAAGCUUCUUCGGAACUUUGCUUUUGGUGCCAGGGCUGUUUUAAACCCCAUGGCAGCCAUGUUUGGUGGUAUUGUUGGACAGGAGGUUGUGAAGGCUUGCUCAGGCAAAUUCCACCCACUUUUUCAGUUUUUCUAUUUCGACUCUGUUGAAUCACUUCCCAGCGAACCGUUGGAUCCUGACGACUUAAAGCCUUUGAAUUCACGCUAUGAUGCUCAAAUCUCUAUAUUUGGGUCUAAGUUACAGAAGAAAUUUGAGGAUGCAAAAGUUUUCAUCGUGGGAUCUGGUGCACUGGGGUGUGAGUUUCUGAAAAAUCUAGCUUUGAUGGGUGUUUGUUGCGGCGAUGGAGGGAAACUAACAGUUACGGAUGAUGAUGUCAUUGAAAAGAGCAACCUUAGCAGACAGUUCCUUUUCCGCGAUUGGAACAUCGGGCAGGCAAAAUCAACAGUUGCUGCCUCAGCUGCUACUUUGAUCAACCCACAUCUUCAUGUUGAAGCUUUGCAAAACCGUGCAAGCCCUGAAACUGAAAAUGUUUUUGAUGAUACAUUCUGGGAGAAUUUGGGUGUUGUCAUCAAUGCUCUAGACAAUGUGACUGCCAGGCUUUAUAUUGAUCAGAGGUGCUUGUAUUUCCAGAAACCCCUUCUGGAGUCUGGAACCUUAGGUGCCAAGUGCAACACUCAGAUGGUAAUCCCUCACCUAACUGAAAAUUAUGGUGCAUCAAGGGACCCACCAGAAAAGCAAGCACCUAUGUGCACAGUGCAUUCAUUCCCACACAACAUUGACCAUUGCUUAACAUGGGCUAGGUCUGAAUUUGAUGGGCUGCUUGAGAAGACACCCGCUGAAGUUAAUGCGUAUUUGAGCAGUCCAGAUGAAUAUAUAUCUGCAAUGAACAAAGCUGGUGAUGCCCAAGCUCGGGACACUUUGGAACGCGUUCUUGAGUGUCUUGACAGGGACAGAUGCGAAACAUUCCAGGACUGCAUUACUUGGGCUCGCUUGAAGUUUGAAGACUACUAUGCAAACCGGGUCAAGCAGUUGACAUUUACAUUUCCUGAGGAUGCUGUUACUAGCAGCGGGGCACCAUUCUGGUCGGCACCAAAGCGUUUUCCGCGCCCGCUUCAGUUCUCCAUUCAUGAUUUCAGUCAUCUUCAGUUUAUUAUGGCAGCGUCCAUAUUAAGAGCAGAGACCUUCGGCAUCCCAAUUCCAGAUUGGGUCAAUUCUUCAGAAAAGUUGGCCGAUGCUGUUGACAAAGUGAUUAUCCCUGAUUUCCUGCCAAAUAAAGAUGCAAAAAUUGUGACAGAUGAGAAAGUAACUAGUUUAUCUACUGCAUCCAUAGAUGAUGCUGCCGUCAUCAAUGAAUUGGUCAUGAAGUUAGAAAGGUGCCGAGAGAGGUUGCCACCAGAUUAUAAGAUGAACCCCAUUCAGUUUGAAAAGGAUGACGACACAAACUAUCAUAUGGACCUGAUAGCCGGUUUUGCCAACAUGAGAGCGAGAAACUAUAGUAUUCCUGAAGUUGAUAAGCUCAAAGCAAAAUUUAUUGCAGGGAGAAUAAUCCCUGCAAUUGCAACUUCCACGGCAAUGGCCACAGGAUUUGUUUGCCUCGAGCUGUAUAAGGUUCUAGAUGGACAGCACAAACUGGAGGACUACCGUAACACUUUUGCAAACCUUGCACUUCCUUUGUUCUCAAUGGCUGAGCCAGUUCCACCCAAAGUCAUCAAGCAUCAGGACAUGAAUUGGACUAUUUGGGACAGGUGGAUCCUGAGAGACAACCCGAGCCUAAGAGAGUUGCUUCGAUGGCUCAAAAAUAAAGGCUUGAAUGCUUAUAGCAUAUCCUAUGGAAGUUGCUUGCUUUACAACAGUAUGUUCCCAAGGCACAAAGAACGCAUGGAUCGGAAGUUGGUAGAUCUGGUCAAGGACGUAGCGAAAGCUGAGCUGCCACCAUAUCGGCGUCAUUUUGAUAUCGUAGUGGCUUGUGAGGAUGAUGAGGACAAUGAUAUUGAUAUUCCUCAAAUUUCCAUAUACUUCAGAUAG